AUGAGGAUGGAGCAGUACGUGCCAGUAAGAACCAAGGUCUUUCGUAAGCCGUCACAAGCAGUGUUUUGCACACAGAACAACUGGAAGCCUUUCGAUGAAGCGGGGGAGGCGAUCUUCCGGCUCCCACAAAGCGAACAGUGUGUCGCGAAGCGCGAAAUCAGCAAAGACAACAUCAUCGAGUAUCAUUACUUGUUGCGGUGGUCUGGGGCGGCGGCGUGGGGCGGCGGAUCUAUUUCCGGGAUCUGCAUUCCGGUGAACACUGAGAUGACUGGGGAAUUGGAGAGGGAGUUGGGCGAGUUGUUCUCUUCAGCCGAGUUGCGCGGUGUGGACUUUGUGUUGUCGCAGACAAAGAUAUAUCCGAUCAAAGCGAGCGAGCAGCGGCCGGCGUACUACGGCUACCUCAUUGGAGAGAAGGGCGCGUUGAACGCGGCACACGUGCAAUUGGCAGUCUUGUUGCACCUGCACGACGGCAAUGUGGUAGAGUGCUUGGAGCUCCAGUCGGUGUCUUUUAUCCCUAUGGUUGCAGGGGUACAAUCCCUAAACUUGAAAAACAUCUCCACGAGCUUCCAGACGAAGGUGUUUCUGCCGAAUCUAUCCAACGCGGGCACUGAAACGGUGCCGCAUGUGUAUUUGGCCGGGCCGGUGCACUCGAUGGUUCUCCAGGCAAAGGAGGUUCUAACGUCAAUGAUCCGGUCGAUCGACAGCGAGAUAUACUACGCAAAACUGCAAAAUGUCUCCCAAGUGAAGUUGCGCUACAUCUGCUCAGAACGUUCCAAAGAGCUCAACCAUUUGAUGAUGAAAUACCAGACGUUUAUUCACUUGAACAUGGAGAAAGAAGAGGUCGAAUUCCAGUCUUCGUCGACUCACUUGCUUGAGCUAGUAAGGAAGGAGUUUACUAUGGAGAUUUUGUCUCAGGUUUCGGAGUUGCAGUUACUUUUCCAUGAUGGGGAAUAUAACUCAAUAGAGAAGGCAAUUCCUGGCCCAUUGCUUGCUCUAUGUAUCAAAUAUAGCGUCACUCUUCUAGCGGAGCCUGAUCACUGGAAUUUCGUGUUAGUCGGCGACCAGGGCAAGCUUGAGAAGGUGCUCGAAUGGGUAUCCAAGAAUAUGCUGAAUACACCAUUGCAAGUGAAAUAUUUUGUGGAAUUAGAUCCGUCUUACAAGGACUUUGUUUCCGGUAAGAAGAAUGGUAAGAUUUCACGUAUUAUGGAUAGUACUGACGUCGUAAUAAAUUUGGACUUACAAAAUGGCCAUGGUAACAUGAUUCUCACUAUGUUUGCCAAUGACAUAAAAAAUGCCAUCUUAGGCCAAAAGCUUGUAUCGGACGAACUACCUUCUGAACGAUCUUUCUUUAUUCCAGAAGCAUACCAUAGGCCGGUUAUCGGGACAGGCGGAUCUGUCAUACAAACCAUCAUGAGGAAGCACAACGUAUUUAUACAGUUUUCGAACAGCUUUCAACUUCCACAGAACAAGCUUGCCCAUAUCCGGUACGAUAACGUUGUCAUAAGAUGCCCGUCAAAGAAUCGCGGCGAGAUUAUUCCUGCCAAAGAAGAGCUCAAUCAGCUAGCGCAAGAAUACAGCGAGAUGCAACCAAAUGUACAACUAAGAUUGUCGCCAGGCCAGUAUAGAUACCUGUUACACCACAACGAGAAAGAUAAGCUGUCGCUGGUGGACAACAUAGGGACAAUCGAACGAAGAACUUCUACUUAUGUAAUGUUUCCUUUCCAAGAGCCAAAAGAAGGUUUUCUUUUAGAGAUUAGAGGCAACGAUAACCAAGCCACAAUCGCAGCUCGCAAACUAUCGGAAUCUUUUGGUGAAGAACUAGAAAUUACCAUCACAAGCCCUAUCGUUGACACAGUGGACUUUUGCAACUCCAUCGUUGUUCCAUUUCUGGCCAUGGGCCUCAUCGUGACUACCGCCGACUGCUUGAUACGGUUCACAUACCAAGAAGGAAAUAAGUCUGUCACAUAUGCUUUGGAUAUUCUACGCGAGUACCUCAGGAAGAUUAACGUCACAAUUAUGGACAAAUCUUUUAUUAGAUCAUGGAUCGUAGAGGCGCCGAAGCAUCCAGUUCCCCAGCCUGUAACGGAAAAAAAACACCACGCGCACCAUGGUGCAUAUAUCCAGCAAUACUCGUACGGAUAUGCGACUUUAUAG